AAGGAGUUCAGAUUUGUUGAGCUGAAGAAAAUUGGCAGACAUCGAGGCCUCGAUGUGUUGAAUGCAGGCAGAGAGCCGGAUCAUGGCAGAGGGGUCCCAGGGUCGAGUUUUAGGUAGAGCUGGAUGUCGUCUGUAUAGGAGUGAACCAUGAGGCUGUGUUGAUGGAUGAGGUGACCCAAGGGAAGCAUUUGGAUACUGAAGAGAAUGGGCCCAAGAACAGAUCCUUGCGGGACACUGCAAAUGCCCAGGUUUGCAACACCACUGCGUCCAAGAUAGAAGACAGACUGCAUGCGUCCAGAUAGCUGGAACAAGAACUACAUUCACAGAUUCAGCUUUUGUCAGGGCUGCUCCCCCGAAUCUCUCGUCUAGAAAGAUACAGGGUAUCAGUCCUUACGAGGGAGCAGCCCUCUGCCGUGUGGGUGCGGGAACGCCGCGGAGCGACAGGCGGGAGAUCCAGACGGAGGGCGAAGCCAAUACGCCCCCCCCCCGCAGGCGAACAGAAUUUAUUUACAGAUCGACACACUGCACUAAUGCAGAUUAUAAGAUCUGGAUGCCCCUCCCACUCUGCCUCGCUUUGACCCUCUGUUCCCGCCUCCCUGCGAGGUCCCGCCCCCAGCCGCUCUGGCCCGCGGGUUGGCCCCGCCCCCCUCUGCGAUGUCGCUGGCUCUGGGCGGGGCUGGGGGAGGGACGGGGGCGGAGUCUGGCAGGCUGCCCCAGUCAGUGAAGCUGCAGCUGGAGAAUGAAGACCUGUGGAAACGAUUCAACAGCAUUGGCACUGAGAUAUCAUCACUAAGGGGGGCAGACGCAUGUUCCCCCAGUGCAAGGUCUCCAUCUCCGGCCUGGACCCGGCUUCCAAGUACCUGGUUCUGAUGGACGUGGUUCCGGUGGACAGCUCCCGGUACCGCUGGCAGUCAGACCGCUGGGACGCCGUGGGCAAAGCGGAGCCCCGCCUCCCGGACCGCAUCUACAUUCACCCAGACUCGCCAGCCUCAGGCAGCCACUGGAUGGGCCGCAGUGUAUCCUUCCACCGGGUCAAGCUGACCAACAACACCCUCGACUCGCAGGGACACAUCAUCCUGCACUCCCUGCAUAGAUACCAGCCUCGUUUUCACGUGGUCCAGGCGAGCGACGUCUACAGUCGGAGGUGGGGGGGCUGCUCUUCUUUCUCCUUCCCGGAGACCCCCUUCAUCACUGUCACUGCGUACCAGAACGAGAGGAUCACUCAGUUAAAAAUCCAAUCGAACCCGUUCGCAAAGGGCUUCCGAGAGCACGGAAUGAACAGCAAGAAAGAACGAGAGGCGCGGCUUAAGAGAAAAUGUAAAAAUCCUUUGAAUGAUUCAGAAUCGACUUACGAACCAGUCUGUAAACAGUUGUCCAUACCAGGGCCUUGCGAUUCAACAGAAAUCCUUGAAGAAACCGAAGUGCCGACCUUGGGCUUGCCCCCCCUCCCAGUCCCCGCCCCGGCCUGCUCCUACAGCCCGGCCUCCUCCAGCUUCCCCCAGCCGCUGGGACCAGACGAGCCUCUGGAUCUGCUGGGCUCCGGCGGCGAGCAGGCCUUUAUCGCUCAGCACCAGGAGGAGAGGGAGAUGAGAGGCGACUUCAGCGCUGUGCAGACGGCAGGACAGACCGAGAAUCUACUGACCAGAGCCGAGCAAUCAGAACCGGAUGGAUCGAGGGCCUCUCAUCUCUCCAUGGUACCCCGAAACUACGAGGGCUACCCCACACCGGUGCCCCAGAGCAGCCAGCCGGGUUACCCCCUCCACGCCCCCGAGGGGAGCCCAGCGCCCCAGGACCCUGGGUUCAGACAGGCGCCCCCUCCCUUCGCCCACAGCGCCCCCUGCGCCCCAGAUUUGAACAUGCAGUCUGUCCAAAACGCUCUAUUUCAGGGCUACGAGAACCAUCAAGCGGCUAACUUUGCCGCCCGCUGUCCCGAGGCGUUUUCGGGGUACACCGACCUCCGCUAUCCUCCCCACCCCCACUUCUACCAGGACCCCUGCGGGAAAUUCGCAAUUCCGUACAGGCACCUCUACGGACAGCCCACCACCUCCUAUCUGGAUGUUGCAAGACCCAUGUUUUGAAGA